AUGGACACGCACACAGCAGACCUCAUCAUACCUCCUCAUGACCCACAACUCGAAGACGCACAGAUUGAGCCAAAACAACAUGAUGGGCACUAUAAUGGCCGCCCACGCAGGGAUCAGAUUAGUGUUGUACGGCUUCAGGUACCACGUGUCCAUGGUGUCACGUGGGGGGGUGUCACCGGUUUCAAAGGUAUACACAAAGUAUUGCCUGUCCCCGAUAAAGAAGUAGAAUACGCCGGUCGCCAGUAUGAAGAGAAGGGCGACCAGGAACGACCCCCAAAGCUGUGCGGCGGUGCAGGUGGAUACGGUUUCAGUUUCGAAUGA